AUAAAAUAAAAUAAAAUAAACAUCCGGGAAAACCAGAGCCAAAAAAAUCAGGUAUUUAAAGCGGCGCGAGGGCCCUUCCUUCCCUGCCAUGACAACCCCUCCACUGCCCAGAGCACACCUCAACGGUUUUCGCUAUUAUUCCCACCCCCCCCCCCCCCGGUUUAAUUCAUUUAUGCUCGCUUUUCAUGCUGUUUCGCUCCCCACUCUGAUCCUCUAUCGUCCCUCUGCCACUCCUCCCUGUUCCCAAUUUCGAAGCCCUGGCUCGAGUUUCUUGCUUAUCACCCACGUUAAUCUGUCUUGAAAAGGCUGCGAUUUCCUCACUCUCACACCUCUCUCCUUCUCCCUCUCCUCUAUAUUUACCCCGCCCCUGCUCACGUUUCUCCUCACUCCAGAUUCUCUCAUCUCCUGUAACGCCUCAGUGUUGUCAGCAUGGGAGAACAGCCUGAGACGGUGGUGGUGAGGGUAUUCGAGGCCAGUAAGGACCGAGAGAGAGUGGAGGCCAUGGAAAAGAUAUGUGAGGUCGGACCCAGUGGGAAGCUCUCCCUAUUCACCGACCUAAUGGGUGACCCGAUUUGCAGGGUCCGCCAUUCACCUGCUUAUCUCAUGCUGGUGGCUGAGAUGGGCCAAGAGAUUGUAGGAUUGAUAAGGGGCUGCAUCAAAACCGUUACAUGCGGAAAGAAGCUAUCCAGAAAUGCGAAGAGCCCCUACUUGAAUAUCAACGACACUGACACCUUCCAAGCCACUCCCAGAUACGUCCCCGUAUACACCAAAGUCGCCUACGUUUUAGGCCUCCGAGUCUCGCCUUCUCACAGGAGGAUGGGAAUAGGGUCGAAGCUGGUGCACAGAAUAGAGGAGUGGUUCAGAAAUAAUGGGGUUGAGUACUCGUACAUAGCGACGGAAAACGACAAUUUAGCAUCCGUUAAGCUCUUCACCGACAAAUGCGGAUACUUCAGGUUCCGUACCCCGUCCAUCCUUGUCAAUCCCGUUUACGCUCACAGAGAGAAGGUGUCUCGCAAGGUCACCAUCAUCCCACUCAACUCCGAGGACGCCGAAUCCCUCUAUCGUCGUCGCUUCGCCACCACGGAAUUCUUCCCCCGCGACAUUGAUUCCAUCCUGAAAAACAAACUCAGCCUCGGGACCUUCCUCGCCGUCCCGAGUGGGUCCUACCGCGCAGAGACAUGGCCCGGCUUGGAUCGCUUCCUGUCGGACCCACCUGAGUCCUGGGCAGUGCUCAGCGUCUGGAACUGCAAGGACGUCUUCACGCUCGAAGUGCGGGGCGCGUCGCGGGUGAAGCGCACGCUCGCGAAAACGACCCGAAUAGUGGAUCGGGCCUUGCCGUGGCUGAGACUGCCGUCGAUCCCGAACUUCUUCAGACCGUUCGGAAUCCACUUCCUGUACGGACUAGGAGGCGAAGGCCCUGAAGCGGUGAAGAUGGUGAAGGCCCUGUGCAGGUUCGCGCACAACCUGGCCAAGGAGUGUGGCUGCGGGGUGGUGGCGACGGAGGUGUCGAGCCGCGAUCCACUCAGGGUCGGGAUACCACACUGGAAGAUGCUGUCUUGCGAUGAGGAUUUAUGGUGUAUCAAGCGGCUCGGGGAAGACUACAGUGACGGCUCUGUGGGUGACUGGACCAAAUCUCCGCCUGGAUGGUCCAUUUUUGUUGACCCCAGAGAGUUUUAACUCUAAUUUUAGUAGCGACGACCGAGAUGAUUCCCAGUCACUAGUGACGAGCAGGGUGAGAAACACAGGCGCGAAUGGGGAACCCACACCUUUUUCGUUACUAUUUACUAAUUAAUCUUUCUUGGUUUUGCGAUUUUGUUUUCUAGUCUUUUAUGUAUACCAGGCGUUGGGGGUCCUGUGGCUGGGAAUGAUCUUUUUGGGGGGAGGGGGGUGGAUUUUUUUUUUUUUUUGAGUCUUGUAAAGGAGAGAGAAUAUCCAUCCCGCCUCUAGUUUUAUCGAAGUAGCUUUUUGUAAAUGGAUGUGGCUUUUUAGAUCCUCUUUGAACCAAACGCAGCUUUCAUGA